ACACAAGCGGGUUUUAUAUAUCCGGUCUCUGACGUCACUCCGCGUUUCCAUCGUGUUGUUGUCGUACAGCUGAAGAAGAGUAUAGAUAAAGUGUUAAGGGCCCAAAGAUGAACGGACUCGUCAAACCCGGAGAUGGAGACUCGUACGAGCUGGAGGAGCCCAGCGACGAGGAGCGGGCCAGCAGCUCUGAGGACGAGCUGGAGGUGCUGCUGAACGGGACGGCGGACCAGAAGCGGCGGCUGAUCCGGGAGUACCUGACCGGGGAGAGCGAGGCGUCCAGCGGGGAUGAGUUCGAGAAGGAAAUGGAGGCGGAGCUCAGCGGCACGCUGAAGACCCUGGAGACCACCUGGGGUCCCCUGGCUGCAGUGGGGCCAUCAGAAGGGACGGCCUCCCAGUCCGCGCUCCCAGAGGCCAACAUGUACGACAAGAUCUACUUCGAUUCGGACUCAGAAGACGAGGACACUCCCAGCAGUUCCACAGGCAGGAAGCGGAGGCAGAGGAGCGUUCAGACCAAUGAGGAGCUGUUCUACGACCCGGACGAGGACGACCGAGACCAGGCCUGGGUGGACUCUAGACGCAGAGCGUACAGCAGGAGACCCGGCUCAGGGAAGUCCCGCUCCGGUCCAGGUCUUCCGGGGCUCCCCAGCAGCGACGCGGUGCUCAACUGUCCGGCCUGCAUGAUCACUCUGUGUCUGGACUGCCAGAGGCAUGAGAAGUACCGGACCCAGUACCGCGCCAUGUUCGUGAUGAACUGCUCGGUGAAGAAGGACCAGGUGCUGCGGUACAAGGCCCUGCAGGAGAGGAGGAGAAGGAGGCCCAAGAGGAGGAACCCCCGGAACAAGGGGCAGCGGCAGCAGGAGGAGGAAGAGGAGGAGGAGGAGGAGGAGGAGGGGGGGACGCCAGGAGGAGCAGCAGGCCAGGAGCUGGGAGGAAGAGGAUCAGCGCUGGAAGAGGCCCCGGCCCCCAGAGGAGGCGCCCCGGGGCCCAGGGGGAUGGCCGGGGAGGAGGUGUACCACCCGGUCCAGUGCAGCGAGUGCUCCACGGAGGUGGCGGUGGUGGACCAGGAGGACGUCUUCCACUUCUUCAACAUCCUGGCCAGCCACUGCUGACCCCCCCCCCCCACACAGACCACGGACCCCAUAUCUGACCCGGGAUUGGUCUCUGAGCGAGGCAUCGCCCUUUGCCCGUUCUGGGGUUGAGGGUUCCAUGCUGGGGCUCAGUGAGCAGGGGGGUGACUUGGUGUCUUGGUGUGCACUGCCACCUGGUGGCUAGUCUGUGUACUGCAGACAAUAGCGUGGUUCGUCAGGGCUAUGAACGUUGAGAGCAGAUAGGCCCACCGACCGAGGCGAGGCCUCUUUUCAUUUCAGUCCACGGGGCCGCAAGGGUUUGCGUUUCAUUUUUUGUGGACUUUUUAACCGCCUUCUGGAAGGGAUUUUAACAUGUUUUUUGUAUCUGAUCGCUGCCUUGUUUACUAAAUGAUCUGAUAUAGUUU